AGCACGGAACAUGCGUCAGGUAACUGUAACAGAACGUUGCCUCCUCUGAGGUCCGGUGAAUUUUGGACACGCACCGACUCGGUUUGGGAGGCAGGGAGUGACAAACAUAUUUAUCUGAAAGUGAUUUUACAGUACUCUCAAUGCCUAUUUUAAAAACGUUAUAGACGUUUUAAGUUUCACGUGUUCGUGUGUCUUCUGCACUGAUGUGACGAGUUUUGCGUUUUUAAGGCGGAUAAAACGCUCAGGUGUUUGUUUUUUCAUAGGUUGAUUUUUUUGGCCUUUUUAUUAUUCCUAAGUAGAGCAGCGACGGGAGGUUUUCCACUGCGGUAUAUUGCUUUAUUGAAAUACUUUUGUUUACCACGUCAGUGUUUUCCUUGGUUUCGUUUUUAAAUAUUUAAUUUGUAACCACCGACAACGCCGAGUGGCCACGUUGGAACAAACAGAUUGAAGAUGGACGAGGCAGAGAAGUACAAACAGAGACUGCAGGCGAUCACUGAGAAGCGUCGUCUGCAGGAGGAGCAGGAGAGGGCCAAGAGGGAGCUGGAGGACGAGAGGCUGAGGCUACAGCAGCUCAAGAGGAAGUCUCUGAGAGACCAGUGGCUGAUGGACGGCCCCUCCUCCCCCACAUCCUCAGAGCCCCGUUCCCCACUGUGGGGCUCCCAGGCCCAGGAGAUGGAGCAACGCAUAGACAAGUUGCAGACAGAGAGUCAACGGUUAGUGGAGGAGGAGGAGAAACUGGAGCAGCAGAUGGAGGAUGGCCAAGCUAAUGCAGCGAUGGUGGUGGAGGCUACAGCAGAAGCAGUCCAUGCAGUUAUCUUGGAGAAUGGACAGGAAGAAGUAGUGGCCGAAUCCGUUCUAGGAACAGUGGAGGCAGCUCUAUUGGAAAGAGCUGAGAUCCUCACCAAUGGGAGAGGAGAGGGGGAGGGGCAAGCUGCUACCCACGAUGCAUCAGACGGCGGACUGCCCAACGGUCCAGUGACUGUCAUCCCUGGCGACGGUACAGUUACCAUGACGUUCCUGGGGUUCACUGAGGCGGAGCCAAGCGAGGCUCCGUUAAUCGAGGACGACGAGGAAGGAGGAUUGAUCAUGAUGCGAGCGGAGCGAGUGACUAUCACGGACGAGGGAGACGAGCUGGCCGAUGACCUUUCCCCUCCGGGUCAGGAACUAGAAGUAGACUCGGCCGCGUCCAAUCAGAGUUCAGAAUCUCCUGAGGAAGGAGGAGAUGAGAAGGUGAAACCAGAGACAACUCCUGAAGAGUCCUCAGAAGUAGCAAAAGAGACUGAGGUGGAGGCAGACACAGUAACAGGAGAUUUAGGAGAAGGACAGAUGGACACAGUAACAGGAGAUUUAGGAGAAGGACAGAUGGACACAGUAACAGGAGAUUUAGGAGAAGGACAGAUGGACACAGUAACAGGAGAUUUAGGAGAAGGACAGAUGGACACAGUAACAGGAGAUUUAGGAGAAGGACAGAUGGACACAGUAACAGGAGAUUUAGGAGAAGGACAGAUGGACACAGUAACAGGAGAUUUAGGAGAAGGACAGAUGGACACAGUAACAGGAGAUUUAGGAGAAGGACAGAUGGACACAGUAACAGGAGAUUUAGGAGAAGGACAGAUGGACACAGUAACAGGAGAUUUAGGAGAAGGACAGAUGGAGGGUGGGGCGAACGGUGGUGGAGAGGCACAGCCAGUAGAGGAAGCUCCUGUGUCUGACCUGCAGUCCCCAGAUGAUGCCCUAGAUGGCGCUGUGGCGGCCGUUCCCGUCUACUCUGAGACCUCACUCACCCCCAGGCCCGACACAGAGGGAGAGGCUGCAGGCGAGCCGGCAGAGGGUGAUGCGGAAGUGAAGACUGAAGUGGAAGUCAAGGGGGAAGAGGUGGCCUUGGUGGCCCCAGAAACAGCCACCCUCCCUGGGGGCCAGUUCCUGGAGGUGUCCUUAGUGGAACCCCAGACUGAGUCAGAGCCAGAGCAGGAGCCCUUGCUGUUCCCAUCCAAGGCCCAGACCCUGGCCCUGGGGGAGCAGGCUCCAGCCGCCCCAGAGACACUCACCCCUACCAGGGGAGAGGCGGAGGGAGGGGUCGGUGUGGCUCCCAAACGCAAGACCUGCCAGUGCUGCUCUGUCAUGUGAUCGAUCAUUUCGCUCGCUCGCGCUCUCACUCUACCAAAGUUUUCCAAUGCAUUCUCUGUAUACUACAAGAGGGACUUGACACUGCCUCUGACACUGUGAAUGAAUGGUGGGCGGUAAGAUGGUGUGUUAUUAUCGAAGUGCCUUGUGGAUCUCCUUCCCUAAG